AUGUCCUUGCUUCACCUCCCAACAGAGCUACUAACCGACAUUUUUGGACAUCUUUGGGACGAUCACCGAGCACUUAGCGCUUGUGCCCUCGCAUGUCGCCGCCUGCAGCCUGUAUGUCAAAAAGCCCUCUUCUUCCAGAUCACCUGGGACAUGGCAGCACACCGGGCAGAACCGCGCUUCGACCCCAUCCCCCGACUCUACGAGAUGCCUUUCACGGAGUCGCCGCGCCUCGCGUCGUAUGUGGUUCGCCUCAACAUCAAGAUCGUAGGCGCGCCGUAUUACUUGCCUCAGCCAUUCGUGUCCUUGAUGGCUUGCGCGGCUGCACUUCGAAACUUUACGUGUCUACGUGACCUGCGUAUACUCGGAUCUCCAAGGGCACAGAUAUCUUGGAAAAGUCUGCUUAACGAAUUGCGAAUCUCGAUUAUGAAAGUAAUUCGAGAGCAACCCCUUACAAGGGUCUGCCUCACAUACAUCACGGAUAUGCCAACGGCGCCUUUUCUCGACUCAUCUAUUCGCCACCUUUCCCUCUCAUCUGUAUCGUGGAACGACGCACAGGCUUCUGAAACUGCCCCCGUCAAGACACCAACCCUUCAGUCACUCAAUAUCACACUUCAACUUACCAAAGAUUCACUCUCCACAAUCGACCACCUUGUGUCUGACAAUCCACCCUUCGACCUGAGCGAGCUUCAGUCUCUGCGUAUCUCAGUCCGAUUCAACAUCCGAAGCGAGGUUCACCUCACAAAAAUCCGAAGACUAUUGAGCCAGGUUGCUGGGACACUCAAAUAUCUAUGGAUCCACUGUAACCUGGAAGGUUAG